GUCUCACAGUUGUAAAAGGUGUCUAGAUACUCUGUGACGUGUAUCUUUAAUGGUGUGGGUGUGAAGGACACAGGUGCUGAUUUCCUCUGAGAUAUGACAGGCUUUAUAAGUCUGCGGACCAACAAGUCUGAACCAUAACCACCUCGACCACUCCAGAAUGAUUUCCACUCUGUUUGUCUUAGCUCUCCUGAGAACCACCUUGGCCUUUGGGCCUGUAGGCCUGUGGAGUGAGAGGAAUGGGACGGAGGAUGGAGGGGGGAAGUGCUCCUGUGAGGCCUUCCUGCCCGGCUCCACCUUCCCAGUGGGAGAGCUGGUCCUCCUGGAAGAGACGGCUGUGCAGAUCAACCACAAGCUGGAGAUGGAAAUGAGCAAGUUCGAGACAUAUGAGAGCAAGCUGACAGUGUAUGCAGAGAGGAUAGUGAACCUGACAGUACUGGUGGAGCUGAUGGAGAAGAACCCGAAUGCGUACAGUGAGGCCUACAUGCAGGAGGUGAAGGUGCAGAUCAAACAGUUGGAGGCUCUGGUACAGGAGCUCCUGGGCUCCAUACAAACCUCCACUACCGUAUUUGAGUCUCUGCACCAGCAGAUCUCCUCCAUGGUGGUGGUCGUGACCAAGCUGGAGAGAUAUGAUAAGAACCUGGUGUUGGUGACCCGUCGUGAGUACAUCAACAUACAGCUCAAACUGGAGGAGUGUGAGAAGCGCCACAAUGAGAUCUUCAACCCCAACAUCGGGUCCUGUGAGCACGGAGGUAUAACCAGAAUCAGCAAGCCCAUUGUCAGUCAACUGAAUGCCCACUUGAAUGCUGGCUUCAAAUGGGGAGGCUGGGGGAAAGAUUCUAAGCCUGUGCAUGGUUCUGAAUCUCAAUACUGGUACUCUGGGUAUAGUGGUGCCUCAAUUGUUGACAUGAGAUUUUACAGUAGCUACAAAAAUCUUAUUUUGAGAACUCCAUUUAAACACCAAAGCUUGACAAGUAGCUGGUAUGGAACUGGUAACAACUUCAUUGUUCGUGAUAACACCCUGUAUUAUCAAUUCAACAACCCAUUUAGCAUGGCCAAACUGAAUUUUACUACUAUGAAAUAUGAGUACAGGGUCAUUGCAAAAGCUAGCACCAGAUUCUCGUACAGUCACUCACCCAAUCAGAACCUAGACUUUGCUGCUGAUGAGAAUGGGCUGUGGGUGACCUAUGCCACAGAGGAAUCCAAGGGUAAAAUGGUCAUUGCUAAAAUUCAUGAGCCAUCAUUUGGUAUAGAGGAGUUGUGGGAAACCAGUGUGUACAAACCAUCUGUGAGCAAUGCCUUCAUGGUGUGUGGGGUCUUCUAUGCUGUCAGAACAGUUGACAUUCACUAUGAGGAAAUAUUUUAUACUUAUGACACCAAGAUAAAACAAGAGAGCUACAUGAGUAUUCCAUUUGAGCGUUUCCAGGACAAGUAUGUCAACCUGGACUACAACCCCACGGAUCAGAAACUCUACAUGUACAACGAUGGCUACUAUGUCAAUUAUCAUCUCUGGUUUGACAACCAUGCCACUGUAAACACAACACACCCCUUGGUCAGAUAAAAGGCUUAUUGUGGCAUCUCUCAUAUUGAAAUUCGUUAUACUCAAAUCAGAUUGAAUCUCUUUUGUAGUUGCUCUGAUUAUAUAGAAUAUCCGGUUUCAUGCUCAUCGUGUUGAUUUUAAAUAAAUAUCUUAAGCAUU